AUGAAGCUGAGCGAGGGCCUGACCAAGCCGAUCUUCGCGGCGCUGAUCUUCGUUCUGUACGGGGUCAGCUUCGUGUUGUUCGCGCUCGCGCUCAAGAAGAUCGAUCUCGGCCUGUCGUACGCGAUCUGGGCCGGCAUCGGGACGGCGGCGAUCGCCAUGAUCGGCUACAUCUGGUUCAAGGAGCCGAUGGGGCCGCUCAGGAUCGGCUCCAUCGUCCUCAUCAUCAUCGGGGUGGUCGGGCUCAACGUGUCGCGCGGCGUCCAGUAG